GCUCAAGAAACAACACAGACUUGGAAACCCAUGAGAAGAGAAGAUCUCUUGUGUUUUACACUUUUCUCACUUUUUUGUUGGUAGCAGUAGUUCCGGCAUGGAUGCAAUUUGUGCAUACUUUCCAUAUCCACCCAUUUUUAUGGUACUAGCCUGCAGAUUAUGGUUUCAAUAUGUUUCUGCUAUCUUCCGUAGUCUUGUUUAUAUCAAAGAAAUUAUAAAGUAUUUGUCUUAUCAUAAGGACAGAAUGGGCAACUGAGACUUGUGUAGGAACCCCAAUGCUUAGAGAAUUAGUAAUUAGCACUUUAUCGAAAUACUCGAGAUCAGUGAUUACAUAAGGGCUUCAUAAAAAGCAUUGUUGAGGUAAGAUUGUUGUAGAUGACGCUCAAGAAUUCAAAGGGGUAAAGUAACUUCCAGUUUGCUCCUCCUUGAAUGUUUUUAGGGUCGAUUAUUCAUAGUCCUUGACUAUGAAAGAUGGUUUGCGUAGAUAAUUUAACUUUUUAAUCUGAGAUACUGAAUAUGGGGUCUAUUAUUUAAAUGGAAAAUGCAUGUCUAUACUGUAGAAACCUGCAAUGGACUCCAUAAUUAUCAGGAAGCAGUUAGAAUAUUCUGAAAGGAUGAAGUUGAAUCUCAUACAUGAGAUCAGAUAAGUUGGCAAUGGUUCAAGUUUAAAAGUGUAAAGUAUUUCUCGAGAAAACACAAUCUUUUCCGGUAAUGCUCUUCUGAACUUUCUGAUAAUAGACUUGGCUGUAUCAUAUUUUGUUCAAAGGAUAGAUUCAAUAGUUUUAUGUGAUAUUAAAAUUAGAGAAACACUUAAUAAAACAUGAGUUAUAACCUGUACAUGUUAGCAUAUAUGCUAUCUCUAUUUGUUCACUUGGAAUUAUUUUCGCUCAGUGGAUAAUUGCAAGUGUUGGCUUAUUUUACUAAAUUAUCUUGGUCAUAACCUCUGAAUUAUCCUCAACCUCUUCUGUUAACCAGGAUCAUUCAUUUUGUUUUAUCUGAACCGCUGAAUCGACUUGCUCUAUGUGUCUAUUGGCUGGCCACCAUAUCUGUAUCUGUUAGACGGCUUUACAGCAUAUCAAAGAACAGUAAAACCGAGAGAAUACUUCUUCAUAAAUAUUAUCAUCUGAUGGCUGUUGCAAUUUUUGUUCCUGCCCUUAUAUUCCAGCCAAAGUUUCUUGAUCUUUCUUUUGGUGCAGCUUUGGCAGUUUUUCUCUUGUUGGAAAUUAUUCGAAUAUGGAAAAUCUGGUCCUUAGGUCAUCUAGUCCAUCAAUUUAUGAAUGCUUUUACAGAUCAUCGUGAUUCCGAUCUUCUUAUUGUCAGCCACUUCUCACUGUUGUUGGGAUGUGCAAUUCCUAUAUGGUUGUCCUCUGGUUUUACUGAUAGACCACUUGCACCGUUUGCUGGAAUUCUAAGUCUUGGUAUUGGAGAUACAAUGGCAUCUAUGGUAGGACACAAGUAUGGAGUUCUUCGGUGGAGCAAAACUGGAAAGAAAACAAUAGAAGGCACUGCUGCUGGCAUAACAUCUGUUCUUGCUGCUUGCUUUGUUCUACUCCCACUUUUAGCAGCAACUGGUUACAUUUUCACUAUGUGGUGCAUGUUUUUGCAGCACUGGUUUUCCUUGAUUGUAGCAGUAACCACGAGCGGACUGUUGGUGGCCUACACGGCACAGCUUGAUAAUGCCUUCAUACCUUUGGUUUUCUAUAGCAUGCUCUGUUUAUAAAAUGCAACAAGAAAGCAACGUUCGACUCGCAAGAGCCUCACCUAUGAAUCAUAGUACAAAACUUUAACACAUAAUUCUUACUUCUUACAAUCUUAGGUGUAGAUGGAAUGGAUGUUGUACUAUAGUUUAUUUAGUAUACGAGUCAAAAUUAGCACAUGCUACGUCGAAGCAACAUGACUGCCGAGAAUGUAACCCAGUUUAUUUUAAUCUGCCUAUGAACGUGCCAUGAUUAUUAGUAUUCACCAAUUGUUAA